CCGAAUUCUAUUAAGAUAUGACUUUCGAGUGUGAUCUUGCCCUCUCCUGUAAGAUAAGGAAUGAUUACCUUAUAUGAUAUUUUAAAAGGUUCUUCUUGCAAAGUGUUGUAUAACAGUUUGUCAACAGACGAUGAGACUUUUUGUUCUCCUGGCUUUAUUUGUACCCUGUCUCUCACUUCAAGAAACGCAUCAUUUUCUUCAUCUGACGGAUGAUGGAAAGUCCAUUCAUCAGGAUAUAAUAGUUGAUAAGGAGGACAACACUGUUUUGGUCAUCGUGGGAGAUGUAUCCAUGUACAAGAAUACAAUCCCAACCAUCAAUUAUCAUGACUAUGAUACGGGAUAUGUUGUUUUUAAAGACAUCAAGCAUCAAACGUGUUCAUUGUCAAGAGUACCAAUUCCGAAACCAUCUCUUGAAAUGUAUAGACAGGGUGUGUCAAAUGAAACACUGCGAUUUACGGCAAAGCAUGACCCAAUUCCUCUAACGUACUCAGAGAUAAAAGAGAAAGCUGGAUUUAAGAUUGCAGAUUUUUGCAAAGAUUACGUUACAUUUUACCGAACACUGAUUCCAAAGGGAAAAAACAAAAGAGAAAAAAUUACAGAGUCACCAUGUCACCACGUUUGUGUUAUAUGUGUUAUUGACUCAGACCAUCCAGACCCACACAGAAAUAACAAAGACAAAAUAAAUUUUGGAUAAUUUAAUCCUGCUUUAUUGCUGUAACAUUAAAAUAAACAGUUAACUGUA